ACAACUAAAACCAUAAAACAUAAACGCCAAACGCAACUUUCGCGUUUUGCUUUGGAGAUGAAAGGUUUUAAGCGGUCUGGUCUUGCCGUGGCGGUUGCAUUCUUAGCCUUGGUUCAGGUCUCUGUGUCAGUUCCGUUCAUAUUGCUUCAUGGGAUUUCAGCUGACUGUUCUCAUGAUGGUAAAAAUGCUAACUUCACACAGCUUCUUACCAAGCUCUCUGGAUCUCCUGGCUUUUGCCUAGAAGUUGGAGAUGGAAAACGGGAUUCAUGGUUCAUGCCACUUACGAAACAAGCGGAGAUAGCGUGUGAGAAAGUGAAGCAAAUGAAAGAGUUGCGUCAAGGAUACAACAUUGUUGGAAGAUCUCAGGGGAACCUAGUUGCUAGAGGUUUGAUCGAGUUCUGCGAUGGUGGACCUCCGGUUCACAACUAUAUAUCUUUAGCAGGUCCCCAUGCUGGAAUCUCCUCUGUUCCUAUGUGUGGUUCUGGUUUAUUCUGUAAAAUAGUAGACGAUCUGAUCAAGGCAGAUAUCUAUAGCGACUUCAUUCAAGAUCAUCUUGCUCCUAGCGGUUAUAUCAAAAUCCCUACCGAGAUGGCAAAGUACCUGAAAAGCUCUAAGUAUCUACCUAAGCUUAACAAUGAGAUACCAGAUCAUAGAAACUCCACUUACAAAGACCGUUUCACCAGCUUACACAACUUGGUUCUUGUCAAGUUUGAAGACGAUAAGGUCAUUGUUCCAAAAGAUUCGUCUUGGUUCGGGUUUUACCCAGAAGGUGAAUUCGAACAUCUUCUCUCUGCUAAAGAGACAAAGCUCUAUACAGAGGAUUGGAUCGGUCUGAAAGCAUUGGACGCUGCUGGAAAAGUGAAGUUUGUGAGCGUAGCAGGCGAACACAUCAGGAUGGCGAUUCCCGAUGUUGUCAAAUACGUCGUGCCUUAUCUCCAAAACCAAACGUCAUCUUCUGAACAAAGUCUCAACCGCAAAACAAAGGAGCCUUUGCGUCCUUAA